AUGGCGGGCGGACGAGAGUCCUCCACCGGCGGCGGUGGUGGAGGAGGCCGGCAGGCCUAUGCGGCAACGGACGCGAGGAGCGCGCGGAUGGAGUCGAUCCCGCCUACAUGAGGGCGGUGGCGGGGUUGCUGGGGGAAUCGUCGAGGCAGGGCUGCAGCCGAUCGACGUGAUUAAGACGCGGCUGCAGCUGGACCGGUUCGGGAACUACCGGGGGAUUGCGCAUUGCCGGGCGACGGUGGCGAGGACGGAGGGGGUGCGGGCGCUCUGGAAGGGCCUCACCCAAUUCGCCACCCAUCUCACCCGCAAGUACGCCCUCCGCAGGGGCUCCAACGCCCUCUUCCGGUCCGUCUUCAAGGAUUCCUCCACUGGUCACCUCUCCAACCGCGGCCGCGUCCUCUCCGGCUUCGGCGCCGGUGUCCUCGAGGCAAUCGUCAUCGGCACCCCCUUCGAGGUGGUUAAGAUUAGAUUGCAACGGCAAAAAGAUUUGAGCCCUGAACUUUUAAAGUACAGGGGUCCAAUGCACCGUGCAAGGAUGAUCAUUCAUGGAGAAGGCAUUUUUGGGCUCUGGGCAGGAGCAGCACCGGCUGUCAUGCGUAAUGGAACAAACCAAGCUGUCAUGUUCACAGUCAAGAAUGCAUUUGAUAUCAUGCUUUGGAAGAAACAUGAAGGGGAUGGAAAAGUGCUUCAGCCAUGGCAGUCUAUGUUUUCUUGGUUCCUGUCUGGGACCGCAGGUCCUGUCUGUACAGGGACCCUUGAUAUUGUAAAUGCUAGGAUUAUGGCCCAAAGCAGAUCAGGUGGCGAGGUCAAAUACAAAGGCAUGAUCCAUGCAAUUAGAACAAUAUUUGCCGAAGGGGGACUGCUUGCUCUUUGGAAGGGGUUGCUUCCUAGGCUUAUGAGGAUUCCACCUGGGCAGGCUAUAAUGUGGGCUGUGGCUGAUCAAGUGACCGGACUCUAUGAAAGACUGCACCACCACAAUAACUAG